GUUUUUGGGGUUAUGAAAGUCGAUAAUCUUCCUCUCGUGUGUUGGCUGCUGUUGGCGGCGCUGAACUCCGCUCUCGCCCGGGACAAGGUAACCCCGAAAUACUUCACGGAUGGCGGGGAGCUAACGUUGGGCGUGAGGACUCCUCCUGAAACUUUCAACAACAUCCUGUGGAAGUUGCACGGUAACCUGGUAGCUGAGUGGGUCAAAGAUAAAGUUCUGGCUUAUUACAGAACUUUUAUCAGCCGCACAGCCCUGGAUUUAACCACUGGACGUUUGGUAAUCAAAGACGUGACUGAAGCUGACAUGGGUGUGUAUUCAGUGGAAGUCAACAACAAGGUCGAGCGCUAUAACGCUGUAUGGAUCAAAGUACUCCCCCAGCCUGAGAUAUGGAUCAGACCAUUAACAUGUUCCCACCAUUCAGACAGUUGUACGCUGAGCUGUAAAGCGGCCACCACAGACGCUGGACCCGUCACCUACAGCUGGAAGAAGGGAGACGGAGAGUGGGAGGAGUCAGGAAAGGACUUGAACAUCACCAAGAAUGGGACAUUAGAUGUGGAGACCUUCACCUGCCGGAUACAGAACCCAGUCAGUGACAGAGACAGUAAACCUGAAAACAAUCCGCUCUUAGAGAAGGAGCCAGGAGACUCUGGAGUUUGGGUGUUUGUGACUGCCAUCAUUGUGGUCCUCGCUGCGGCUGCGUUGUUUACGUUGUUUGUUUGGUCAUUGUGUUUCAAACAUGGAUGUACUAGCUCUGAUGCUACAGGUGAAAGACAGCCAACAAAACAUGAUGUGGGCACGGGCGACCAGCAGUUUUACGACGACAUUUUGCAACGUGGACUGUUGCGCAAAGAGAAGUUUUCCUGUUUCAAAACAAUUCAGUUUUAA